CAUUUAUAUUUUGCCUGAUUUAUAUUACAUUUUAUUCCUUUUUUUUCUGGAUGUUGACAAAAUUUUCUGAUUUAUGAAGUGGUAAAAAGAGAAACCUUUAAUUCAAAUAUGUCAACAAGAUGAAUGCUCAGAUUAAUUAUGCAAAUUAGCAGUGUUGGGUAAAUUUCCAUAGAUUAUUCUUCAUAAAUUAUUGAUUUAAGUAUUUAAAGCGAAAAGGUUACAUUAAAAACAUACAUUUUUAACAUCAGAUUUUAAAUUUAUAUAGAAUUGUUCUAUAGUCCAUACAGUAUUUAAUGUAAUUAAAUACUCAUUGGUUCUGAGAUAUGGAUGUAAUGGAUGGAUUGUUAUUUUUGCACUUUAUAAGUAGUAAGAAAGCAAACCGACAUGUAAAUAUGAAACUGCUUGUUUGUUUAUUCAGUAUUAAAGAAGGAAGUAGGAUAAAUUAGCAUAAUAAUAAGUUAGCCAUGUCCCUACACCCUGUUUUACAAUGUUUAUAUUGAUAAAUAUCACAACACAUAACUGAUUCGUACAUUUUACGUUUUAUUCUUCAAUUUUAUAACGAGAAAUUACUCGAAAAGUACAUAUAUUUGUUAUUAAAGAGCUCCCUCAUCUGGCUGACGAUAAAUCUAGCCGCGCAAACGUAAGGUGUGAUUGAUCACAGCUUCCACCAAUGAAAAGAAAGAUCGUCACCGUCACUGGCGUAUCUAAACCAAUGGGAAUCGCAAGAAGCGACGAAGGGGGCGGGACUUCAGCCAUUUGCGGCCGCCAACGUUGUUGUUGGAGGAGAAGUCGAUUCAAGAAGCCAUUACGCUGCGCAAUUGUGUCAGGACAAAAAACUUACUAUUUUUACGUAUUCUACGCAAUUUUAUAAAACCCCUGCGUCCAAUUAAAAACGUAAUGGCAUCUCAGGCCAAAAAGAGAAAAACUAAUUUCUCCGAAAGGGAGGUGGAGAUCAUCGUGGAGGAGAUGGAGAAACAAAAACACAUUUUGGUCAAUCACUUUAACGCGGGCGUCACGCACAUCGCUAAGAACUGCGCGUGGAUGGAGAUUCUGAAGCGCGUGAACGCCGUCAGCACCUGUCUGCGCGAGCUCGCCGAGGUCAAGAAGAAAUGGUCCGAUCUCAAGACGGAGGUGCGGCGAAAAGUGGCCCAGGCGCGCGCGGCCAUGGAGGGAACGGGCGACUGCACCACCGUGCCCGUGAUCCUGACCUCCAUGCAGCAGCGCAUCUGCAAUCUGCUGGGAGAAGCGACCAUCAUCAGCCUGCCUGCGGCGGAAGCGGGCGCGGAGAUUGCGGUGCCCAUCAGCUCCGCAGCCACAGUCACGUUAACGCAAAGUAUUCAACCAGCGGCCGCAGCAGCGUGUGAGAUCAAAACUCUUGAAGCUGAGACGACGUACCACACGCUGGAGGAAGGCAUGGUGGAGUAUUGCACCACCGAGACGCCCGUGACCGUCACUGCAGAGGCGCCGGUGGAGAUGCUGGCAGCGCAGGCCGAAUGUUCCGCCAAACCUCAGGAACUGAAGAGCCGCAUCGCACUCAACUCAGCCCGACUGCUCCAGGAGCACCGCGUCACCAACCUGCACGUGCGUGAGAUCGCCCAGCACCUGGAGAACCAGAACGACCUGCUCCAGAUGAUCCGGCGCUCGCAGGAGGCCCAGGCCUGCGCUCAAGAGAGACAAGCCCAGGCUCUGGAGGGCACGCAGGCCGCUCUGCUGGCUCUCAUUCAGAUGUUCAGACCGGCUCUGAAGGACCUGAGAAAGUUUCUGCAGAACGCUAACAGCUCGAACACGGCGACCGCCACAGAGACUGGAGAAGGAGUGGAAAACAUGUCGGCGAAGCCUGAAGACAGACAGUAGAGCAGAACGUGUGACAGGUCUGGUCUAGAAUAGACUGUAAAUUAUUGUACAGCACGGUGCCUCAAAGAGUUUGUGCUUGUAUGUGUGAAUGUUUCAGGGAUAAAGUGAAAUGAGGACUUUUAUUAGCGUUUUAAAGAAGUGGCCAAAAUCUAAAUAUCCAAAAUAUACGUUUUACUUUAAAAAGAGCCUUUUUUUUUUAUUUAGUUUGAAGUGAAACAUCUUUUCAGUUUAACUUCAACUGUGGGUUUUAUUUUUACAUUUGGUUCCUUAAAAAGCAAAUAGAUGGCAAUGAAUUUGACAUGAUUUUCUACAUUUUGUUUAUUUAAUUGAUCCUAAAAUGAACAAAAGCAUUGCAUGCAGUGAAUGCAAACCCUAAAACACAAAUCAGAGAUGUACAGAAAGCACAGUUUCUCCUAUUUAUGUACUAAUGGCUCCUUUUACAGGUGAGGCCUUGGAAGACUUUGUGGAGGAUUUUGUUUCUUUAGUUUUUGACAAUAACAUUUUUAUUUAUGUAUGUUAAAUAAAGAAACUCUCCACACA